CCUCCCUAAUGCAAUUUCAUAACGAAGCUAACUAAGGGGUAAUCUCGUCAACAAGUCUCUAUAUAACCCAACACACAAACAUUUGGCACAUAACUUAACCUACAUAGUACAUACCAAGAAGAAGAAGAGGCAAAGAAAAAGAUGAUAACGGGAAACGAAUUCUACACGGUGAUGUGUGCCAUGGCACCACUCUACUUCGCCAUGUUCGUGGCUUAUGGAUCGGUAAAGUGGUGCAAGAUCUUCACGCCGGCGCAAUGUUCCGGAAUCAACCGUUUUGUCUCCGUUUUCGCCGUCCCAGUCCUCUCUUUCCACUUCAUCUCACAAAACAACCCUUACAAAAUGGACACAAUGUUCAUCCUCGCCGACACUUUGUCCAAAAUCUUCGUCUUCGUUUUGCUCUCUCUAUGGGCCGUUUUCUUCAAAGCCGGUGGUCUCGAUUGGCUCAUCACUCUAUUCUCAAUCGCUACUCUCCCUAACACUCUCGUUAUGGGCAUACCUUUGCUUCAGGCCAUGUAUGGAGAUUACACUCAAACCCUCAUGGUCCAACUCGUUGUUCUUCAAUGCAUCAUUUGGUAUACUCUGCUACUAUUCCUCUUUGAACUCCGAGCAGCGAGGUUGCUUAUCCGAGCAGAGUUUCCGGGUCAAGCAGCCGGAUCAAUCGCCAAGAUCCAAGUCGACGAUGACGUCAUUUCCUUAGACGGCAUGGAUCCGCUCCGUACAGAAACUGAAACCGAUGUUAACGGUCGGAUCAGGCUCAGGAUCCGACGGUCCGUAUCAUCCGUACCUGAUUCUGUUAUGUCCUCCUCCUUGUGCUUAACCCCUAGAGCCUCUAAUCUUUCUAACGCCGAGAUUUUCUCCGUCAACACUCCUAAUAACCGUUUCUUCCACGGCGGAGGAGGAAGCGGUACCCUUCAGUUUUAUAACGGUAGUAACGAGAUCAUGUUUUGUAACGGAGAUUUAGGCGGGUUCGGAUUUACUCGACCCGGAUUAGGUGCAAGUCCUAGAAGGCUCUCGGGUUAUGCUUCCUCCGAUGCUUACUCGUUGCAGCCAACACCACGUGCCUCGAACUUUAACGAGCUUGACGUUAACGGAAACGGUACGCCGGUUUGGAUGAAAUCUCCUGCCGCCGGGAGAAUAUACCGGCAAUCUUCGCCGAAGAUGAUGUGGGAGUCUGGGCAAAGACAUGCAGCCAAAGAUAUCAAUGGAUCAGUGCCAGAGAAGGAGAUUAGCUUCAGAGACGCACUUAAGGCUGCACCACAGGCUACGGCAGCCGGUGGUGGUGCUUCCAUGGAGGAAGGAGCCGCCGGAAAAGACACAACUCCGGUGGCUGCGAUUGGCAAGCAAGAAAUGCCAAGUGCAAUUGUAAUGAUGCGCCUCAUACUAACAGUCGUGGGCCGCAAGCUUUCUCGAAACCCUAACACUUAUUCCAGCCUCUUAGGUCUUGUCUGGUCACUUAUAUCCUUCAAAUGGAAUAUACCGAUGCCAAAUAUAGUGGAUUUCUCGAUAAAGAUCAUUUCAGAUGCAGGUCUUGGGAUGGCUAUGUUUAGUUUAGGCCUGUUUAUGGCGCUGCAGCCAAAGAUGAUCCCUUGUGGGGCGAAAAAGGCAACAAUGGGGAUGUUGAUCAGGUUCAUCUCAGGUCCUCUUUUCAUGGCUGGUGCUUCCCUUCUUGUCGGAUUAAGAGGUUCUAGGUUACAUGCUGCUAUCGUACAGGCUGCUCUACCGCAAGGGAUAGUACCAUUUGUGUUUGCGAGGGAGUACAAUUUGCAUCCAGACCUACUCAGUACAUUGUGAGUCUCUUGCUCUUCUUUUUGUUGUUCUUCAUUUACAUUUACGGUUGAACGUUUCAAAAUGCGGUAUUAUGGUUUAUGUGAAAUCUCUGUUCUUGGUGAUUUUUUGUUUUGUUUUCAGGGUUAUCUUUGGGAUGAUAGUAUCUUUACCAGUAACUAUUUUGUACUACGUCCUCUUGGGCCUAUGAUUCACACAACACACUGAAGAAAAAGAUUACACCGGAGAAAUUAAAUGAUCUAUGAAUAAAGAGGUCUGGAAAUAGAGAAAUGUGAGCUCUUAAGAGUUGUUCUUGAGGAGCUUGUGAGAAAGAUUAAUUAACGGUUAAUUACAUUGUUGAAUCAAAUUACUGGUAAAUGGUUAGGUGAAUAAUUUAAUUUUAUGUAUUUGAUAUCCAACAUUGAUCGACGUACGUACGUAGUGAGGUAGAGGCUUAGGUUAGGAAUCAAUCGUGAAUACUAUUUCAACGUUGAUUCCCGCGAGCUGAAUAUUUUUUGUGAUGUAUAGUAAAACGCAUAUGAUUAUAGGAAUCAUCAUAAAGAUUCUUGUCAUGAAGAACAAUAUUAAACCAAAUUAUGCAUUACGAG